AUGGCCAGUCAAGAACAUCAGAAGCUCCCGGACCCUCGUAGUAUUCGUGUGAUUAAACUUCACGGCGUUACAAGCUCAGAAGAUGUCAUCUGCUUCGACCUCAUCACAGUUUCCCUUAACGCAUUGCCAACACCAACUUACGAGGCUCUUUCGUAUACCUGGGGCGGACAGCCAUUGGACCAACUUGUCUACGCCAAUGGCCGGGAAUUCCUCGUUACGGAAAAUGCGAGAAACGCGAUGAGAAGGCUUCGUCCGUAUAAGCCGGGGAAAUUUCGAUAUAUAUGGAUUGAUGCGAUUUGUAUCAACCAGCAGGAUAAUGACGAAAAGAGUAGUCAGGUCCAGAUGAUGCCUGAUAUAUACGCAAAAGCAAAGCGCGUUGAUAUAUGGCUUGGCGAGGCGGACGAAACAAGCGAUUUCAUUAUGAGGUGGUUACGGUGGACUGGCUUACCGUUCGGGCCAUUGUAUUCCGCGAGGCAAAGGCUCGAAGCAGCUGGUCUCCUUUCACGAACAUACUACCGAAGAUCAUUCAUCUUUUUUCUAGUUCAGAUUUGUGAUACCUUUGCGCUCUGGAUCGUAAUAUUCAUAGCGCUUGGCCCAUUACUUCCUUUCCGGGCUCUUCCCAUAUUCAAAGGGUUUAAGCGAAAGAUACAGGCUGGUUUAGAAAACUUGGCCGCGAGGGAAUACUAG